AUGGUGACUGAAAAGCUCAGUUUAACUUGUGAUGGACUCCUGUCACACCGACAGCUCGCAUGUUGUCACUCUUACUGUGGUCUACCUCUUCAUGGCAAGGAAAUGCUGAUUUACAAUACCAUGGAAGUAAAACAGCAGCCUCUGCUGCUAACUGGCCACCAUGGUGAGAUCAGUGCCAUGACCUUUGGAAAACGAAGUGGACCUGUUCUCCUCUGCUCUGCCUCUGCUGACUAUAUCAUUGUCUGGGAUAUUGAACUGUGCCAGAAGAGAACACAGGAGGGUAAAGUUGCAGCUGGAACUGUUAUCGGGACUUUAUUGGGUGAAGUCGUCCAUCUUUCAUUCUGUUUCUCUGAUGAACGAGUGGCAGCAUGCUCAGGAGCAACUGUAUAUAUUCUUUGCUCAAAGAGACAGGAUGUGAUCUCUACCUUGACCAGCCACCUUGGACCUUUAACAUCUGCAGAGUUCUGUCCUUGGAACAAAGACAUUCUUGUCACCACAUCAGAGGACCGCACUUUUAAGGUGUGGAAUUUACAAACUGAAGCUGUUUGCUACCAGUCUUUUGUGCUUUCAGCGUAUCCGCUGCUCAGUGUGUUCUUUUUGGAGGAGAACAGGCACUUAAUCACUGGCUCAUCUGACGGACAGCUGUGGUGCUUUUCUCUCCGUGAUGACCACAAUUGUGACCUGGUGACCAAAAUGGACCUCCAGAAGAUGGAAAAAAGACAUCAAAUGCACCAACAGACUGUGAGCCAUCAAGCAGGGUCAGCAGAACAAUCAGCUGUAGAUAAAAUGGAGACUUCAAAACCUGUCCUUGAAAUGGCUUUAUGUACCUCAUUCACUGGCACCAGUAUUGAGCUUGAAAAGGACAGCAGCUGGUUUUGUAUUGGAAGCUCAGAUGGCCUGUAUGUGGUUGAUCUGGCUACCUCAGAACUCCUAACAGUGUUAUAUUUCAAAGAUUACCCCAACUUGAGCAUCACAAUGGCUGGGUCAUGGUCAAUCUCUCCAGGGCGGAAUAACUCUAUGGUGUUUUUAGUGAGCUCUUUGUUUACUCCGUGUGUGGUCUUGUUGGAGUUACCUCUGUGUGACCUUGGGAGGACCUGGGCUUGUGGUGAAGGCUUUUUGGUGUUCCCAAGUUCUCCUCCACUGCAUGAAUCUCCUCUUAAUGCUCAGUUGAAGAGGAGGGAGCCAGAGCAUCCCAAAAAGAAAGGAGGAAUAAAGGAGCAGCCUCUGGUCUUCCACUCGAAAGUGAAGUCAUCUGGAUAUAACACUGCCCCAAGAAGGAUUAUGUUUUCUCCUAAAACAAAUACCCAGAAGAAUCCUUCUUCUAAAAAGGCCAACAAAAAUAGAGGUUUACUCCUCAAAGAUUAUCCAGCAGACAGUGCAGCGCCUACUGUUGCACACAUUCAUCUGAGCAUUGCUAACAAACCAGUCCACUGCCUUCAGUAUUCAGGUGACGGAAAACAAAUCCUGUGUGGUCUUGGCGACAGCUCAGUGCUAUUGUACAAGUCCUCCCUUACUGGCAGUCCCUCUGUCUAUACAGGGCAUGACAAGCCAGUGAGCAGUUUGAGCUGGAGCCUAAACAGACAGUGGUGGUUGAGUGCGUCAGAGGACCAGUCGCUACGAAUCUGGACCCAUGGCAGCCCAGAGCCUGCCAUUAUCAUGGGUGACAGUAUGUUCUCCAAACCCUUAAGAAGUGCUCAGUUUUACUACCUCGACAAAUUUCUUCUUCUGGCAUCUGGACCGUCUCUAUACUUGUACCUUUAUCAUGUAGACACCACACGUGAUGACAUCAGAAGAUAUCAGCAACGGAGUGUCGUCAAAUUGGCAAGAUGCUUUACGACAACAUCAGCAACAGACAUCACUGCCCUGUCUGCAGUCAAUGAUUUCUUCUCUUACAUCGUUUUGGUGUGUGGUUCGGAUCGGUCCAUUCAAGUAUUUGACAUGAACAAGGGCACAAUUGCCUCAGCACUGCCGGACGCCCACAGCAGAGCUGUUCACUGCAUUACACAGAACAAGGGCUCCAUGUUCAGCACACAAGCGCCAGAUUCAUACAACCUCUUCCUCACCAGCGCAGUCACAGAUGGUGUGAAGAUUUGGGACCUCCGCACACUGAGGUGUGUACGGCGUUAUGAGAACCAUGUAAACCGCUGCCAUCCAUGCUCUUCAGCCAUCUCACCAUGUGGCCGGUUCAUUGCCUCAGGUUCAGAGGAUAACUGUGCCUAUGUGUAUGAUGUCCGUAGCAGCAGGUACCUCCACAAACUUCAGAAACACUCAGACACGGUGCUCAGUGUGAUUUUCAACCCUGCCACACCAGAGCUGCUGACUGGGACCUUGGAUGGGAAGCUGAGACUCUUUCAGUCUAGCAGUGGGGUCCGUCUGUCUCAUGACACCAGUGCUGCUGCGCAUAGCGUCCCCAGCAUGAGUGCGUAA